UCUCGGCGUCCCCGAGUCCAUUUACGACCGUCCAGAUCAAAUCCAACGGACUCGAACGGAUAGUCACCAUAUGCAAUAUAUUGUUCGUGUUACCACCUCAGCGGAAAAAGGUUGCCAUCUAUUCGGUUGGGGCUUCUUCUCGAUCCGAACCGUGCUUCGAUUUCGAGGAGGAUCGAAUGGCGACGACUUUCGAUCGGUGGGAGAAGGAUCCUUUCUUCGCCGCCGCGGAGGAAGUCCAGGAUUCCGCUGACCGGCUGGAAUCCGUUUACAGGCAAUGGACCUAUAAGCGAGAGAGCGUGUCGAAAUCCGCUGGCAGAGACGAACCCGUCUCCGGCGAGCUGAAAAGGGAACUUCACACAGCUCUUGGCACCGCAAAAUGGCAGCUUGAAGAGUUUGAAAAGGCUGUGAGAUCAAAUGAUGAGGCAUUGUCGGUUGGGGAAGAUACGAGAGCUCGACAUAGCGAAUUUAUGUUGGCAAUUGGAAGUAGGAUCUCGGCGCUGGAGAAUUCUUUGAGGGAAACGAACUUCAAGGCAGGGGAGGGCUCCCUGACAUGGGUUCGAUUGGACGAAGGGGAAAAUGAUGAACUUGCACAAUUCUUGUCCUAUACAUCGUUGGAGGAUAGGAAGGAGAUUCCAAUUGCAUCGGCCAUCGAUGUGAAAGUUGGGAAUGAUUUAAUCAGGACUAACGGAGAGGCUUUGAUCGACUGUUCAAAGGAUUCUCGUCACUCAAAGCAGUUGAGUUCCUUGCAUAGAGAGGAUCAGAAAGCUCAUAAUAUCCAUAGAUCAGCUAGCUGUGCUGGUGAUAUUGGGGCUUGCGCCAUCACAAUUCCUAGUGAAGGUGAAGAUACUUCUGAAAGAUCAUCAGAUGAUCGGUCUAAUCUCCCUCCCCCGCGGGUACUCAGUUUAUCUGGCCUCUCCAGUGCAUUAGAUUCAACAUCAAGGAUGAGAUGGUACAAGAAUGGAUUUAAGAAGUGGUCUGCUCAGGAUCGACAUGAUGUGAUGGAAUCCAUUCCCUUGAGAAAUCAUGAACCAAGUCAGGGAAUCAAUGGAUGCUAUGAAAGAAGUAAGAGCUGCUUAAGUAGUCGUGGACAGGAUGUAUAUAAUAAGCAUCUUUAUGGGUAUCUUGGAGCUUUCCAGAGGCUACUUCGAAGGUCUCAGUAUCAGAUCCAAUAUGGUCACCAUAUCAAAACAAUUCUUUGGGCUACUCUUGUUGUUUUGUUGAUUGUUAUUUUUGUGCUGCAUUUAAACAAGUAAAAUUUUCCCGUCAGUAUCAGACUCUGUGAGAUGCAAUUGUUUGAGCGGCUUUCAGGUCUCCAUUUACAUGCAUUUCAUAUAUAGUUGCCUCUUCUCUCCUAGAAACAUGCUUUUGUACUUUGCAGUGGAUUAAGAGCACAAUCUGCUUUCUUUUAAAAGGGAUGUAGCAGAAUGUGCUGACUGUUGUAGUCAAAUAUUCUGAAGAUGCUAGGCACUGAAACAUGCCUUUGUACUUUGCAAUGGAUUAAGAGCACAUCUUGCUUUCUUUUAGCAGAACGUGCUGACUGUUGUAGUCAAAUAUUCUGAGGAUGCUGGGCACUGGAAUACGGAAGAGCUUUUGUAAUGCCCGAUGAAGCCCUUUGGCUUAAGUUUAUCAUGAAAGAAAUCUUAAAGGCAGGCAGGAGGAACAGCUCAUCAGAGAAUGACACCAUUGCAAAUUGCAGAAAACAGACAUUUUCUUCAAAAUGGAUGUUCUGCCUUCUGAAGGUGGAAUAUUGUGGUAGUAAAACUUUUAUGUUCUUGCCUUACAAGCUACUCUUUACUAAUUACUAUUCAACUGAAAUGAAGCAAAAGAGACAUGUCAUGAUCGAUUGCCUCUGAUCCAAGUUGAGACAAUUAACCUGGCAGUCUCCAAGAAUUUCACAUCUUUGACAUGGGCCGCCGACACGGAUGGGUUCUUUUCACAGAGGCCACUGGUACUACGUGGAGGGUAGAAUUUGAUGAACACCGAAGAUACCAAGGGGAAUUUAUCAUUUGAUUUUUUUGUGAAUAUAUCGGCCUACUUAUUAGUUCUGUUGUGUGCUGUAUUGUUCUUUAGAUCUAUCAUACAUGGAUGAUAAACUACUUUUGUUCAUUGUGUAUGAAUUGUGGAUACCAGACUUGGCACCAUGACAUUUGCUAUUAUGUGGUUUUAUAAUGUAUAUGACAGAUGAUCAAGUAUUUGACUUUUUAUA